AUGGGCUGCAAUCGAAACUGUGGGCUCAUCACUGGUGCUGUCAUUGGUGCAGUUGUGGCUCUGUUCGGAGGGAUUCUAAUGCCAGUUGGAGACAUGCUUAUUGAGAAAACAGUUAAAAAGGAAUCUGUCCUUGAAGAAGGUACAAUUGCUUUUAAAAAUUGGGUUAAAGCAGGUGCAAACGUUUACAGACAAUUUUGGAUAUUUGAUGUGCAGAAUCCAGAGGAAGUUGCAGUUAACAGCAGCAAAAUUAAAGUUAAGCAAAGAGGUCCUUACACGUACAGAGUCCGCUAUCUAGCCAAGGAUAUUAUAACCCAAGACUCUAAGACCCACACAAUCUCUUUCCUACGGCCCAAAGGUGCCAUCUUUGAACCCUCGCUAUCAGUUGGAACAGAGAAUGACACAUUCACUGUUCUCAACCUGGCUGUGGCAGCUACACCCCAUCUCUAUCCAAGCACAUUUGUUCAGAUAAUACUCAAUGUAUUUAUCAAAAACUCAAACUCUUUUAUGUUUCAAAAGAGAACUCUGAAAGAACUAUUGUGGGGCUAUAAGGAUCCAUUCUUGAGUUCGGUUCCAUACUCUAUUCCUACCACAGUCGGCGUGUUUUAUCCUUACAACAACACUGCAGAUGGAGUUUAUAAAGUUUUCAGUGGAAAAGACGACAUAAGCAAAGUUGCCAGAAUUGACACAUACAAAGGCAAAAAGCAUCUCUCCUAUUGGCCAAGUUAUUGUGGCAUGAUUAAUGGUACAGACGGAGCCACAUUUCCACCUUUCAUUGAGAAGAAUCGAGUACUACAAUUCUUUUCCUCUGACAUUUGCAGGUCAUUUUAUGCUGUGUUUGGAGCCGAAAUUAAUCUAAAAGGAAUCCCUGUGUAUAGAUUUGUUCUUCCAUCCAGGGUUUUUGCAUCUCCACUUCAAAAUCCAGACAACCAUUGUUUCUGCACAGAAAAAAUUAUCUCCAAGGAUUGCACCUUAUAUGGUGUGCUAGAUAUUAGCAAAUGCAAAGAAGGAAAACCUGUGUACAUUUCACGUCCUCAUUUUCUACAUGCAAGUCCUGAAAUUGCAGAACCUAUUGAAGGCUUAAGUCCAAAUGAAGAGGAACAUAGCACAUACUUAGAUGUUGAACCUAUAACGGGAUUCACUUUACAAUUUGCACAACGGCUGCAGAUCAACAUACUAGUUAAGCCAGCAAAAAAUAUUGUAGCAUUAAAGGGUCUGAAGCACAACUAUUUGGUGCCUAUUCUUUGGCUUAAUGAGACUGCCACUAUUGGUGAUGAGAAGGCAGAAAAGUUCAGAAAUCAAGUGACUGGAAAAAUAAACCUCCUUGGCCUGGUAGAAAUGAUCUUAAUGAGUGUUGGUGCAGUGAUGUUUAUCACUUUUACAAUAUCAUACUGUGCAUGUAGAUUGAAGAAUGCAAAAUAA